GUUCUGUACGAUAAAUUUAUGCUGCUAGAGGAGCGAACUUGCUCAUACGAUAUGCACGUCUCCAUCGUAUUUUCCAAAUCCCGAGCUUACUUUUUUUAUGUGCACGGCAAAUGCAUUUGAAUCUCGAAUAUUUUUUUUUAAAUUUCACUCGAGUUCAGCCAUUCAGGUGGCUUCGGUUCCGCUUGAUUCAAUCAAUGUUGCAUUGAUGUAUCGUGAUUUAUUCAAAUCAUCAACAAAUCCUGGGAUACAAUCAACCAUUACCACACGAUACUUUGGAUUCACUGAUUUAUCAUUCGUUUAUACAUAUACAAUUGUAUUUAUGUGGUGUGUACUAAAGUAUUUACAUACCUAUAACUGUAUCCUAAUUAGACGUCAUCUCUGAUAAUAAAUCGUCAUCGAUACUAUGAGCAAAAAGCAACUCAAUGACCCAGUCUUUGAAGGAUGUUUAUACAGUAGCUGCCUUAAUGAAAGACUGUUUUGUUUCCCUAUGCAAGAAGAGGAUCGCUUACUCACUUGGAUUGAACAUAGAGAUCACACCUAUUGCAAAGGAAUAACGAAUGAAGAUGUAUCAGAGAAUAGCAACGAUAAUUUACCUCAUGCAAUGAUAUGCUACAGCACGGCCAAUGAAAAAAUAGAUGUAGCGAAUACUACCAAUAAUUCAUACCAGAAUUCCCAGCCUUGUACAAUCAUAUGCUAUGGGGAAACUGACAGAGAAGAUGUUGUGGAGAACAGCGUGGAUAAUUUGAAUCAGAGUUCACAACCUUGUAUAAUACGUUGCUACGAAAGAACCAACAAAGAAAACAACAAGGAGCAUGCUACCAAUAAAUUAAAUAAUAGUACACAAUCUUGUGCCAUUAACUGUUAUGGAAGUACCGACAUUAACAAGAGUACAGAAUAUACUACUGAGAAUUUGAAUGAAAGCACACAACCACAUACAAUUGGGUGCUACAGGGAAAAUCACAAAAAAAAAGAUGUAGUAGAAACUACUGUUGAUCACUUGCAACGGGGAUCACCGCCUCAAGCACUCAGAUGUUAUGGAAAAGCUAAAAGAAUUGAAGUCACCCACAAAUCAAUAGAUUUGAAGCAAAACAGACCACUUUGGAGAUCAAAUCCGACCUUUAUUCGAACCUAUAGCAGGAAACUAUCUUUUAAAGAUCCUGAUGAUCCCAUGGAAUGGACUAUGAUCGAACCAGGCUUUUCCAAAGAUAACAUUGAAGAGCUCAGGGCAACUGAAGCAUUAAAGAAAAGCGUUGCAGCUGUGGAAUCUGCCGUGGCAGAUGCAUUGGUCGAGGAACAUGAGAACAAAGAAAUUAGAGAGUUACGGGCAAUAAAUAUGGAUUUAACACGUCAGAACCGCCGACUUCGCAUAGAAAAUUUCAAAUUACAAUUGAAACUUGCAACAGUAUCGCAAACUGUAAGUACCAGAUGAAGGUCAACACCAUUUGAUCCAAGCCAUGAAGAUCUUUAUUACAAGGGAUUAGAUGAAGGAGUGACUGCAGCAUCAUGGAGUGAGAGAUUUAUGUCUACAUAGUCCUAAAUUCGAGUCUCUAGAAUCGAUUGGCAUCUGCUAUUUAUUAACAAUGAUAUAAUAGACUGGCUUAUGCUGUGAUUUAUAAAUCUAUAAAGACUUCUAAAUUUUAAGGCCACAUUAGAUCAUUACACACAGCCAUAUGCAAAUAAUUCAUUAUUGAAUUUAAUUUUAUUUUCGAUAUUAUGUAACAUAGAAAUUGUCUGAAACAAGAUGAAUUCUCUUCAGCUUCGUUAAUAUUCAAAAGUGUAAUAAAUGAAACUUAUGUAGGUAUACAAAUAGUGUGUUUAAAUAAUAUAUAUUUAUCCGAAAAUUA